AUGUCCGCCUUUGGGCACUUCUUCCGGGUCACCACCGCCGGCGAGUCCCACGGCAAAUCCGUCUCCUGCAUCAUCGAAAACUGCCCCCCCGGCCUCUCCCUCGCCGCGUCGGACAUCCAGCCGCAGCUCAACCGCCGCCGCCCCGGCCAAUCCGCCAUCACCACGCCGCGCGAUGAAAAGGACCUCGUCACUGUCCACAGCGGCGUCGAGGCCGGCCGCACCCUCGGCACCCCGAUCCUCCUCACCGUCCCCAACGAGGACCAGCGGCCCCGCGACUACGGCAACGACACCAUGGACCUGUACCCGCGCCCCAGCCACGCCGACUGGACCUACCUGGAAAAGUACGGCGUCAAGGCGAGCUCGGGCGGCGGGCGCAGCUCGGCGCGCGAGACGAUUGCGCGUGUUGCCGCCGGCGCCGUCGCGGACAAGUGGCUGCGGGAGGCCUACGGCAUUGAAAUCGUCGCCUUCGUCUCCUCGGUCGGCGCCAUGAAGCUCUUCCCCGACGAUGGCCCCGACGACCCCGCCUUUCUCUCCCUCGUCCAGUCCGUCACCCGCCAGCGCGUCGACGAGUUCCUGCCCGUGCGCUGCCCCGAUGCCGACGCCUCGCGCCGCAUGGAGCAGCGCAUCGCCGAGCUGCGCGACCGCCACGACAGCACCGGCGGCACCGUCACCUGCGUCGUCCGCAACGCGCCCCCAGGCCUCGGCGAGCCCUGCUUCGACAAGCUCGAGGCCGUCCUCGCCCACGCCAUGCUCUCCAUCCCCGCCGUCAAGGCCUUCGAGGUCGGCUCCGGCUUCCGCGGCGCCGAGAUGACUGGCAGCCGCCACAACGACGCCUUUGUCGCUGCCGUCCACGACGACGAGCAGGCCUCGUCUUCCUCGGCGGCCGCCAUCCCCCGCUCGCGCCUCGUCACCCGCACAAACAACUCGGGCGGCAUCCAGGGCGGCAUCUCAAACGGCAUGCCCAUCUACUUCCGCGUCGCCUUCAAGCCCCCCGCCACCAUCAGCCAGGACCAGACCACGGCCCGCUACGAUGCCGCCGGCCAAGGCGUCCUCGCCGCAAAGGGCCGCCACGACCCCUGCGUCGUGCCCCGCGCCGUCCCCAUUGUCGAGGCCAUGGCCGCCCUCGCCGUUGCCGAUGCCCUCAUGGCCCAGCACGCCCGCCACGUCGGCCGCCAGAUGGCUGCUGCCCCUGGCGCCCAGGGCUGA